AAUAAAAAUGUCACGUCGCUUGCAGUUAGUCUCAGUUGGCAUUCAAACACGACAUAUGUGGCAGACAAUCUUCGUUCGUGAUUAAGAUAAAAAGUUGCGAAAAGUCUGAUGGAUUACUUUCAACUUGUCUGCGCCAUUGGCGCGGUGCUUUUGGCACUCUACUACUACUACACUUCGACCUUUGACUACUGGAAGAUUCGCAACAUAGUCGGACCACGACCCACUGUACUGGUUGGCAAUUUGGGCGAGAUUCUCUUGAGAAAGAUGUCGAUAAGCGAUAAAUUGAAACAGAUGUAUAACGAAUAUAAGAACGAGCCAGUGUUCGGAAUGUUCGAGGGAAUGAAACCUGUUCUCGUUAUUAACGAUCUGGACUUGAUCAAAGACGUUCUCAUCAAGGACUUCUCUCUGUUCGUUGACCGAGGAUUUCCCAUGCAUCCAAAGGUAGAACCGUUGAGUGAGCAUCUGUUCGCCCUGGAGGAAGAAAGGUGGCGGCCAAUGAGAACGAAACUCUCCCCGAUAUUCACGUCGGGCAAGCUGAAGGAGAUGGUCCUCCUGAUGCUCGAGUGCUCGAAGAAUCUGGAGAGAUACGUCGAGAAAGUGGCGCGAGCUGGCAAGCCGGUCGAGUGCCGUGAUCUCGCCGCGAAAUUCACGACCGACGUGAUCGGCAGCUGCGCGUUUGGCAUCAACAUGAACGCGAUCGAGGACGAGAGAAGCGAGUUCCGCGAGAUUGGCAAGAAAUUGUUCGAGCAGACACCGCGGAUGCAGGCGCGAGACUUAUGCAGGCAAUUCCUGCCAAAUUUCUACAACUUGUUCGGCAGUUUUCUGCAACCACCGGGCGUCGAUCAGUUCCUGACAGACGUGAUCACCGACACGAUCAAAUACCGAAAAGAGAACAACAUUGCCAGGCCUGAUUUCGUCAAUGCGCUGAUGGAAAUUCAAGAUCAUCCGGAGAAGUUGGAAAAUAUAAAGUUGACACCUUCGUUCAUCGCCGCGCAAGCGUUCGUCUUCUUCACAGCUGGGUUCGAAACCUCGUCGACGACGAUGUCUCACGCUCUCUACGAGCUGGCGCAGAAUCAGGACGUACAAGACAAACUGCGUAAAGAAAUCCGAGAAAUUUACGAGAAACAUGGUGGAGAGAUAACGUACGAUACACUCAAGGAGAUGAAGUAUCUGGAGAAGGUCUUCAAAGAGGUCCUAAGGAUGUAUCCAUUAUUAUCAAUGUUAACCAGAGAGGUAUCGGAGAAUUACACGUUCAAAGGCACAAAGAUCACCAUAGAAAAGGGGAUGACAGUGUGGAUACCAGUUUAUGGAAUUCAAAGGGAUCCGAAUAUUUAUCCAGACCCGGACAAAUUCGAUCCCGAGAGAUUUAACGAGGACGCUAUCGCUUCUAGACACCCUAUGAGUUUUCUGUCUUUUGGUAAUGGGCCAAGAAACUGCAUUGGUGCCCGUUUCGCGUAUUCCCAAAGCAAGAUUGGACUAGCAACGAUUCUUCGUAAUUACAAAGUCGAUGUUUGCGAGAAAACUAAGAUUCCAUAUGAAAGUGAUCCGUACCUAUUUUUGUUGACACCGAGAGAUGGUGUGCACUUGAAAAUAACCAAAGUGGAAAAUUAACAAAACUAACUAAUUUUAUCAAUGAUCUUUUCUCCAAUGUCGUACUAAUUUCAUUCGUGAAUCUUUGAUGGAAUCUUUGGAUGGAAAAUUUGACAAUUACAAAGGCUAUGAACACUUCAAAUUUCGAUCUCAUCAUAGUCCAUAAAAUUUGUAUAAAUUAUGUGUGUAGAUAUAUUAUUAUUAUUGCAUAUAUUAUCACGUUAAUAUAUAUAUUAUUUUGCGUUAAAAUGUUACUGUAAACAGAAUAAAUGUAUUAAAAUUAGAAAAUAAAAGCAUUCGAGAAAAUUGUAUCAAUGUUCUGAUGAUUACUUUGUUCGAAAUGGGAAACGUAAUUUAUGAACUGUAAAACUAACAGAAACAAAAAUUUGAAACGCUCGUCAAUUUUGAAUAAUACAUGGAAUGGAAAUAAACCAUUAGAUCAGUGAUUUUACUUUUCAAUCACUGUAAUUUACUUCACUA